GGACACUUGGAAACUAAUAGAAGAGAGAAGGACAGUGAAGCAAAAGAUUAUCCAGUGCACGGACGAGCAACAAAAACAGGAGCUGAAUGCAAGCUACAAUACACUGAACAAAAGAGUGAAGAAAAGCGCCAGGGAAGACAAAAGAAAAUAUUAUGAAACCAUGGCAAACGAAGCAGAACAAGCUGCAGGCAAAGGAGACCUCGCCACACUCUACCAAACAACUAGGAACCUUUCGGGCAAACGUUCGACACAGAUUAAGCCAAUAAAGGACGACAAUGGAAAGUCAAUCACCAAAGAGGUGGAACAGAGAAAGCACUGGGUUGAACACUUCAAAAGACUUCUAAAUCGUCCGCCACCUACAACACGUCCAGCAAUACCAACAACGGAAGCAGAACUACCAGUGAACACUGACCCCCCGACGAAAUCAGAAGUCCUGAAUGCAAUCAAGAUGCUUAAAACUGGGAAAACACCGGGACCAGAUGGAAUCCCAGCAGAGGCUUUGAAAAUAGACCCAGAGACAACAGCGGACUUGAUGACACCACUACUGGAGAAGGUGUGGAAAGAGGGCAAAGUACCCGAGGAUUGGAAGAACAGUUACUUAUUCAAACUUCCAAAGAAAGGAGACUUAAGUCAAUGUAAAAACUGGCGGGGAAUUAUGCUUCUGUCCAUUCCAAGCAAGAUACUAAGUCGCAUCAUCCUGGAGAGAAUCAAACAAGCCCUAGAUGAAAAACUUCGUCCGGAACAGGCUGGAUUCAGGAGAAACAAAUCAUGUAUUGAUCAAAUCGCCACUCUACGGAUCAUCAUUGAACAAAGCUUGGAAUGGCAGUCACCUCUCUAUCUCAACUUCAUCGACUUUGAAAAGGCCUUCGACAGCGUCGAUCGAGAGGUCAUUUGGAAACUACUUCGCUACUACGGGGUCCCAUUGACAAUUAUACACCUCAUCCAACAGUUAUACGACAAUGCUGCAUGCCAAGUAAUCCACAACGGGAAACUUACGGAAGCCUUCGAAGUGAGGACGGGAGUGAGGCAAGGCUGUCUACUAUCACCAAUGAUCUUCCUGAUUGCAAUUGAUUGGAUAAUGCGACAGACAACGGCAACCAACGAGGGAACAGGCAUAAAAUGGACUGACACAAAAGACUUGGAGGAUCUGGAUUUCGCCGAUGAUAUAUGUCUGAUUUCCCAUAAACUGGAAGAUAUGCAAAUGAAAAGUAACAAGUUGGCAGAAGAAGCAUCAAAGAUAGGACUUCACGUGAACAUAGAUAAAACAGAGAUGAUGAAGAUUCCUUGCCAACAUCAACAGCAACAACAGACCACAAUAAGCAUAAAUGGGAAGAACCUGAAAGAAACAACCUCCUUCACCUACCUGGGAAGCAUCGUCUCAACUACAGGCGGAACUGACGAAGACAUCAAAGCCAGAAUCGGAAAAGCAAGACAAGCUUUCAUUACUCUCAAAUCUGUGUGGAGGUCAACAGCAAUCAGCAUCAAAAAUAAGAUCCGGAUUUUCAACUCCAAUGUGAAGUCAGUGCUACUAUACGGAUCAGAGACUUGGCGAGUCAUAAAGAGCAUCUCAAACAAACUUCAAACCUUCAUUAACAACUGUCUCCGCUCAAUACUCAAGAUCAGAUGGCCAGAAAAGAUCAGCAACAGGGAUCUCUGGGAGCGAACCAAUCAGGAACCGAUUGUGAAACAAAUAGGCAGAAAGAAAUGGAGAUGGAUUGGCCAUACGCUGAGGAAACCAUCAAGUGACAUCACUAGACAAGCCCUCGAGUGGAACCCGAAAGGGAGGCGGCGAGUUGGUCGUCCAAGGGUGACUUGGAGGAGGUCAUGUGAAGAGGAGAUGAAAGCAUGUGGGCAGACCUGGAGCAGGGUGAAAAAGUUGUCAGAAAACCGAAGUCAAUGGAGGUGCGCAGCUGAAGCCCUAUGUUCCUCUAGGAACUAAAGGAUACAAUAAUAAUAAUAUAAUAAUAAUUAGUCUUACAUUUUAAGCUAGUAAUGUACAUGGAUUCCCCCUGUCGAGACAAGUCGUCAUUGUCUUCUUAAUUUUCAAAUUGCUUUCAGCUCUUUUAGUUUCAAGAAUUUUCAUGCUUCCCCUAGUUUAGAUUCAUGUCAUCCCAGUAUUAGUGAUAAUGGUAAUGGUAGUCUCAACCUACCGUCGUCUGAACAAAUAUUAACUAAUCUUCUCAUACACCUUAUAACCAGUUGGACAUCAACAGCUGUUCAAUCGCCAGUUAUCUGGUCAACACAUCUUAAUCAGCUAGAUAUAUCUACCUAAAAAUUAUAUCAUCCGAAUACCCGACAUUUUGUCUGUGUCCGUUAUCAUCAUUGUAUAUCUAUGUAAUCAAAAGUCUAGUUUGAAUGAUAGUAUGUAUGUGAACUCAUAUCAUCUGUUGCUUUCAUUAGUUGCAGUAGUAACUGAUAUUAGUGGGUUUUUUUAAAUUUAAAAUUACUAUUUUUGGCAACAUAACCUAGUACCUAUUAUUAUGGGAAUCAUUAUUUUUAGGAUUCUGUCGGUAAUAUGAUAUAAAACAAUUGUUGUGUGUAUGUGUGUGAAUGCAUGUAUCGGCACGUCCGGUAACACCUAUACUGCAACAACGUGUCUAUAGACAUGUAAAUAUUUAAUUGUAAACAUAAUAGAUUAUGCUAUGCAUAUACACAAUCCUAUUUAUAUAAAGACAGCAGUUCUGCUUUUUUACUUGAGGCAAGGUAGACACUUUUUUGAUUUGUUUUACAUCUACAUCCUGUAUAUGCAUAUUUCUCUAAAUGUGAUGUAUGGUACACAACUCGAGUUAUGCGCACCUUUUUCGCUUAAAAGAAGAAAUAAAAAGAAAUUUGAAAAGAAAAAUAGCAGAGAAGAAAGCGAAACAGCUAUCAAUCAUUCGCCUAGAUUUUACCCUGUUUUAGUUAUCGUUCAUCAUUGUUUAUGUGUCUCCUUGUUAUGAUUGUUUUCUUUAAUUCUCCUCCUAUUUUACAUAUUUCAUGCUCAUGUUGGCAGCAGUAAUUUCCAAGUCUUUCGUCAAGUCAAAAAGCUGUAUUGCUUGCUCCCUUCCUGUUCUCAUAACACUUGGAUUUUUAAAGAAAAUAAGACACUGUUCACACGUACAUUUGUAAAAUAUAUAUGGAUGAUUAAACAAUAAGAAAGUUAGAUGAAAAAUGCUUUCUUCUGGACUAACCAAUGAUACGUCGCAGCAUUCAUGUAAUAAUAAAGUGGAUGUACCCUGCGAACAUCAUGAUAAUUAUAACAAUAAGCCGCAAAUAACUCACCAGUCACGUUUGUUGAAUAUGCUGCCAUCACAGGAUACUAAUCAUACAGCUCAACAAUCAUCUACAUCUAUGCAAACUGCGUGUCAUCCGAAUCAUGUAAACAUUUCCACUGGUGGAUUGUUAGUCCACGGUAAUCAUUUUAAUAGUGUAUCAAAAGAACCAUCUCAUCCGAAUAAACUUCAUCAUCCAGUUAGGAAACAAACGAAUUUAGCAGAAUCUGAUCCGCCCUUAUUUGUUCAGUUGCUAACGGAGAGACUUGAGAAAGUAAAGGAGUCACGUGAUAAAGUGGAGAAGUUAAUGUCUCUUGUUAAUCAGGUUGAUGAAAAGCAUUCAGUAGAAUCUGGACAUUCAAGCGUACCACUGAAGGACACUAAGGAUUACAAUCGGUCACUCCAAUUAAAUAAUUCUACUUGGUGUCAACAGGAUGCUACAAAUUCUUCAAUAAAUCCUUCUGUUAAUGAAGUUAAUUUCACUUCUGCACAUAUUAUUCAUUCAUCGACUGAUGAUUCAAAACGACUGAAUCACCCUCAUGAAUCAGUAUUCCAUAAAAAUAGACGACAUACUGAUAAAUCACAAGACGCUCAAGAGAUAUUGGAUGAUCAUUGUUCUCGAAUAUGGGCAGAUGAAUUAGGUGAUAGUACUAUUAAUGCAAGUAAAACAUAUUAUCGUAGGCAACAAAGUGAUUGUAGUCGUAAUACAACUAGUCGAUCGUCUACAACACCUUAUCCUAUAAUAUCAGAUACACUAGUUCAUUCAAUGCAUUCCAGUCUUGUGCGUGGCGGUUCAAGUGGUACUGAAUAUGAAAUGAAACGAUUGUCUGAGCAAUACAGAACUACAACAGCUUCAUAUUCGUCUGCUAAUAGUAAUAAUAAUAUUAAUAGUAAUCAGCCUACUAUGUCAGACAGUUCUCAUCGUAGAUGGCAUACUGCUGGAAGUUAUCGAGGUAUGAAUCGAGUAAAUAAAUCAGAUGUACGUUCAACAGCUUCCUGGGAUAGUGGUGUAGUAACAAGUUAUGAAAUGAAAAGCUUGAAUCUUAACAAUAAUGCUGACGAUAAUGAUUAUCUUGAUGCAGAGACUAGUUCAAUUCUAGAAGCUGCCAGUGUACAAGCAUUGUCCUCAUCAACUACUGAGUUGGCUCUUGUCAAUGGAGAGGUAACAGCAAAACUAGUUGAAAAAAUGAUACGUCAUUAUCCUCAUAAAACAUUCAAUCGAGACAGUAGGCAUAAUGGAAAUAUGCUGCCGCUAUUCAAUUCGAAUCAAGGGAAAAAGGAAACAAUAAAUCCCGGAUAUGAAUAUAAAUACAGACUAGAGAGGAAGUGGCAACAACAACAACAAUCUGGGCACUUCUACGAAUCUCCGUAUGUACAAGGUUUUAAUCCUAAUUCUUCAAUUUGCUCAGCUUGUCAACAUUCUGCUGAUAGAGUUCCAUGUGACUGGAAUCAUCAUUGUUUUCAUUAUCCUUCAACACAUUCUGCAUCAAAUGAACACUCAUCUCCUCCUCACUUAAUGGUAACAAGUUGUGGUUGUAAUCAGUCUAGUGAUAAAUCGGUUCUCGGUAGUUCAUGUCGAAGUUUCCCAACUGCUUCGGAUACUUCGAGUACAUUUGACUCAGGGAUCUCAUCUGCCUAUGACCAGUUACCUUUACAGAAACACACAAAUAACCGCGAAAAUCGAAGCCAAAGCCUUCAUAAUUGGCAAAUGAACGUCAAUUUAAAAGAUACAAAUCUAUCAACUCCUCGAGGAAAUCGUACACAUUCUGCUUCGAAAUCAUCAUGCGAUAGUAACAAUACUAGUAGGAGCAUUAAUUAUCCUCAAACAAAUUGUUUCAUCUCGUCAUGUUAUGAGUUUAAUUUAAAACAAUUACCAGGACACUAUAUGCAAAAUGAUUUAUGCCCUACACGUCAUCAUCAUUGUCCAGAGAUAAUGACGAUUAAGGAUGUAAAUAAGCAUGAUGGAAAUGAAUGUAAAAAGCCUUCCAGUGAGUCAUCUUUGCAAUCAGUUCUUGUUUUUAUCGGCCUCAUUUUUCAGCAACUAAGUCAACAUGUACAUGGUUUUCUUUUUUUUGGUGUACAUAUGGAUAGUAGAUUAACAAACACACAACAACAACAACAAACUUCUAACGUGAAUUCCUCUGGUCCAGGAUUAGUUGUCGGCUAUUAUCUAUGCGAUGAUCCAGUACCCUAUCGAACUGUUUGGACUGGACCAACUACUGUAUCACACAAUAAUCAAUCGUCCUCCGCCUCUUCAGCAGUACUUGUUGAAGUUAACGACCAGUCACAAACAGUAGAUAACUGUCAAACUAAUUCGACUGGUCAACCUCUGUUAACACUCGGGCAAUUCAAACAACUGAUAGCCAAAAAAGGUGUUUAUCGAUACUUUUUCAAGAAACCAAAUGAUGAGUUUGGCACUGGUGUGGUCCAUGAAGAGUUAACUAAUGAUGAUGCUACUUUACCGUUGUGGGAAGGCAAAGUGGUUGCACGCGUGGAACGUGCCGAUUAA